AUGCAGGGCUAUCAUAGAGAGGGUUGUGACAGGCGGAUCACUCUUAAGGUUGACAUCUCAAAAGCCUUUGAUUCAGUUCGUUGGGAUUUCCUCUUGAGCGUUCUUCAGGCUUACAGACUUCCUCCAGCCUUUAUCAAAUGGGUUAAGUGCUGUGUUUGCUCACCAUCUUUCUCAGUGAGUAUUAAUGGAAUCACCUCUGGUUAUUUUAAGGGGAAGACAGGAUUGAGACAAGGUGACCCUCUCUUACCCAUCCUUUUUGUCCUGAUAAUGAAUGUCUUAUCCCUAAUGCUCAAUAAGGCGGCUGUGGAAGGAUCCUUUGAUUUCCAUCCAGGGUGUGAAGAUCUUCAGCUAACCCAUUUGUGCUUUGCGGACGACUUACUUAUCUUUUUAGAGGGUUCUGAGCGUUCUCUACAUGGAGUUCUUUCUGUUCUUUCUGCUUUUGAAAGGAUAUCAGGUUUGGGUAUCAAUCUCCAAAAGACAUCCAUGUUUUGCCAAGGUGUAGACAUGGACUCUCUUGACAGAAUUAAAGCUUUGUUUAACUUGGAAGCCUCGUCUCUUCCAAUUCGGUAUUUGGGAUUGCCUCUUUCCUCAAAGAAGCUUUCCUUUGCUGAUUGUGAUCCACUAUUAACUUUGAUUCAAAAGAAGUUUGACUCUUGGUCAAACAAACUUCUUAGUCUUGCUGGCCGAUUAUCUUUGAUCUCUUCAGUUAUCUCAGGCAUUGUAGGUUUCUGGACUAGUGCCUUUAUUCUUCCCAAGAAGGUGAUCAAGAAAAUUAAUAGCUUAUCGAGCUCCUUUCUGUGGCAUGGGAAAACUGGAAUAUCUUCUGGGGCAAAGGUUUCUUGGAAGUUGGUAUCGUUUCCGAAAGAAGAAGGAGGAUUGGGCGUUAAAGAUAUUGAAAGCUGGAAUAAUGCCUCUGUCAUGAAACUGUUGUGGAUGUUAUUUUUCCGAGCUGGAUCCAUCUGGGUUGCUUGGGUUAGACGAAGAUAUAUCUCUUCUUCCUCUUUCUGGGCAUUAAACGAGAAGAAUUAUUCUUUCUCGUGGAUGUUUAGGAAGAUUUUGAAACUUCGUUCAACAGCCACUCAGUUUCUCAGGAUUAAACUUGGCAAUGGGGACUCUACUUUCUUCUGGGGGGAUCCGUGGACACCCUUUGGCCAUUUGCAUGCAUUUCUAGGUGAGGAAGGACCUUCUCGGUUGGGGAUUCCUCUCUAUGCGACGGUUUCUGAGGUUUGGAGUAACAAUGGAUGGAUUCUUCCUCCGGCACGCACAUAA